AUGUCCGACUCAAGCGCAGCAGUAGCACCGACGAACGGUAACAACGACCAAGCGGGACCUUCAUCAUCAUCUUCCAACCCUACAUCUCCUGACCCCAACCCCAAGGCCGAAGCAUCUUCACCAAGUGUCAAUGGCUCUCAGAACCACAAUCACAGUGAUGAUCCUCAAGAGAGGAUAGCUGAGCUCGAGCAGGAAUUAGCUGCAGUCCGACAUGAGAAUGAUAAAUUGUCGAAUCAGUAUAAAGGGUUAUUGGGGAAGUUGACAGCUAUGAGGAAUACAUUGGGAGACAAAUUGAAGGAAGACGCUGAAGAACUUGAUAGACGUGAAAAUACAAUCAACGUCCUCACCUCUGAAAACAGCGCAUUACAAGAGACGCUCAGCUCCUUGCAAGCGGAACUAUCAUCUGCCUCGCAGGAAUCUACCAACCUCACCACUCAGCUCAAUCAACUUCGUUCACAAUCUGACUCGUCGUCGUCGGACGUACUGAGUUUGACUAGGGAGAUGAGGGAGUUAAGGGGCGAGAUGGAAAGGUUGAGGAUAGAAAGGGAAGAAUGGGAGGUGGAAGCUGGACGAGAAAGGGAGAAGAGAGAGUCGAUAGAAGAUGAACUGAGAUUGAUAGAGAGAUAUCAGCGUGAUGAAAAAAGCAGAUUGGAGCAAACGUUGAAAGAGUUAGAAGAGGAGAGACAGAGAGCAAUGAAUCUACAGGAAGUACUGGAAGAAUUCCAAAUUGCCAAAGACUCGGAACUGCGUCAGGCAACGACCGAACUAGAAACCCAGUUACGUCUAGCGGCAACUUCACUAUCAGAAUACAAAUUACGUUGCGCAAAUGCCGAGACUAGAUUGAGCGAAGUAUCGUCGAGUGCCGGUAAAGUGGGGCAACUGGAGAGAGAAUUGAGGGAGAAGAAUGUGUUGAUAGGGAAAUUAAGGCAUGAUGCCGUGGUGAAUAACGAACAUCUGACAGAAGCGUUGAGGAGGUUACGGAAGAACUCUUCUGAUAAUAAUGUUGAUCGUCGUCUGGUCACGAACAUCCUCCUCUCGUUCCUCACUACAUCUCGAGGUGAUACGAAACGGUUCGAAAUGUUAUCCUUACUGUCGACGAUCUUGUCGUGGGACGAGAACGAGCGUGAGAAAGCGGGAUUACAACGUAAGGGAGGGACCAAUCUGGCUGUGGAAAGUAAGGGUAGGAGAGCAAGUGGGAAGGAGAAGGAGAGGACAGCAGAGGAGGAAGCUGCUAUGAAUGAGUCAUUCUCCAACCUGUUCGUCGAAUUCCUCCUUAAAGAAGCAUCUCAAGGUCAAUCCCGCCCUUCCAUCUCUUCGCCUCCUCCUCCAACACCUUCAGCGGGCGAAUACCCACAUCCUCAUCCGCAUAGGACUUUCUCGCAAACAUCUCUCAACUCACCUUUCUCCCCUCCUACCCAAACUCUAUCGUUCUCCCCUCCGCCUACUGCAUCAGGAACGACGACUCCUUACUCACGUCCGAGAGGAUUGAGUAACAGCUCAUAUACGUCUGAAAGACCGGGUUACGGGACCGCUGGAAGGAAGAUCAGUGGUGGAUUGAGGGAUGUAUUAGGUGGUUCACAAGGGCAAGGCCAGGGGCAUCAAUGA